UGCAGUUAUAUCUACGCUAACAUUAAUGUGCCCAAAAGUUGUCAUUUCAAUUUCAUUGUCCACUUAUUACGUCAUGGCUUUGUUAAUUCUUCUUGUGGUACUCGUAUCAUCAGCCACUGCCACAGACACUUCAAGAAACCAAGCCAUGACUACAGCCAUAGAAGAAAUGCAGAGAGCCAAUUACUUCACUUUUGUAAUGCUCAUAAAGAUGGCCCCUUCUGAUCUUGUUAAUGGCAACAUCACUUUCUUGAUGCCUAACGACCGGAUUCUUGCGAAAACCGGGAUGCCCGAAAACAGAGUGGUCGACUUCUUGCUCCACCACUCAAUCCCUUCGCCUCUUCUUAUGGAACACCUCCUGCAUUUCCCCACAGGUUCCUUGAUCCCAACAUCUAUGCCUGGCUUUGUCCUCAAAAUUUCAAACGACGGCCGAAGCCGGUUUUUUCUCAACAACGUUAGAAUUAUUAGUCCUAAUAUUUGUACUCGAGGGUCUUCUAUAAGAUGCCAUGGCAUAGAUGGAGUAGUACAGGCCACAUCAAUUAUGCCCCAGCCUAACGUAGUCCCACCUUCUUGUCCUAGUAACGGUACCCGAGGAGGUACUCCGGUGGCUGCAGCCCCAUCUCCGCCAUCACCAGAACCUUUGGCUCCAGUUACGAUUCCGGUAAGGACCCCACCACCUGCUGAUUCAAAUGGUAGUCCCCAAAAUUCCAAUUCUCCUCGGAUGUGCAAUGCAGGACUAUUUGAUUUGGUAACGACAUUUUUUAUGGUAGUUUUGUUUAUCUAGUAGUUCAUAAUAUGGAUAUCCCUAUCACACUGGCUGUUGCCCAAAUUAACCAAGCCAAAAAAUCGAAAAUUGUACAUGUAAAACUCAUUAUCAUGUCCUUUCAAGUGAUUAUUAUAAAGUGUUGACACAAUUAAAAAAAGUCGAAAAGAUCUUUUGCCAA